CAAAAAAAGAAUAAAAAUAAUAUUUUAGUCUCCAAGAUGAGGAAACUAUAACUUGUUUAAAUCUACUUAAUAUAAUUAUCUAGUAAACCUAGUAUCCAUAACUUGAUUUUACAUAGUGCCUAGGGCUUGAUCAAAAGAACAAUUUUUGAAUUCUUAAGCAAUGCAAAUUUGACAAACUAACAAAAUCUCAUGAUCUUAUGACUUAAAUAAAGAAUUAAUAAUAAGAAGAAAAAGAUUCUCAUGAUUAAAUUAGGCAUAAUUUCUGGAGACACAGUUUUGCCUUACUCAUAAAUAUAACUGGACAAUAAACUCAUUUAAAAUUCCUAGUCUGUUCGGCUCCGCCAUAUAAAAGAUUGAACUCAUCUCGUUGCCCUUCUAGUCUAAAAAAAGCCACAUUUGUGUGAAGAAGCUCUGACCAUGGCAGCUAAAGUGCUCCUCUUGCUUGCCAUUGCGUGCAUUCACUUUGCAAAUACUUUUCCAUCUUCUGGACAAGUAACAACCCUAUAUAGUUGGGAAUCUUUUGCCUUUGAAGAUCUACCCCAUAGUCAAUAUUCAAAGGUGAACGGGUACAAUUACUAUAUCAGCAAGGAUGUUGUUCCAUCUGCUGUAUCGUACCACGAUAAAACGGGAUGUUUGUUCUUUGCAAUUGCAAGAUCACAUCCAGGUAUUCCAGCUACGAUAACUUACGUUAGUACCAUGGAUUAUCAUCAAACUUACUCACCCCCUCUAAGAGCUUUUCCAACGUAUGAGGAUAACUAUAUUCCCGGAUGGUUUGGUGUUAAUGAUCUCGAUGAUAAUUAUGCUUACAAAAAUAAUAUUUAUCCGGAUUAUGUGAAAGUGAAACAAUUUAUGAAGGAUGAUGAAGAUGCAGUUAGAAGGCAGGAUGAGGCGGAAAAAGGGAGUGAAGACAAUGAAAAUGUUGCUCAACAAGAUGGAGAAGACAAUAAAGAAUCGGAGAAUGUUAAGAACAAAGAAGGAAUGAUAGAAAUGAAGAUGGAGAAAGAAGUAGACAAGAUUAUAAACGAGAAAGAAGUGAAUAAAGGUGAUUCCGAAAUUAAAGAAAAUGAAGAAGAUGGCAACGAAGUGAGAAAGAAGCCUGGAAUUCAUCACAAACCAAUCUACAGUCACAGUAAUAGUCAUCAUCAUGGAAAUGUCGUUUAUUUACCUCUUCAAACUACAACAACAACUACGACUACAACGACGACGACAACAACCAAAGCUCCGAAGCAUACGUACAAACCAACGUACGAGCCAACGUAUGAGCCAACAUACAAGCCAACAUAUAAACCAAAACCUACGACAAAAUCUCCCCCAAAAUCAACAUACAAGCCGACAUACAAACCGCUAACAAAACCUCCCCCACGAGAUGUUUAUCACUUCAUUUCCGUUUACUACAGCGUCAUGGAUAACAGGUGUGAUCGUCUCUUCUUCCUCGACUACGGACAAUACCGCCUGUUUGGUGAAGCAGUCUUUAAUCGUCCUCCAGUUCUGUGGGCCUUCAAUAUUUACGAAUGCAACCCAAAGGGUGUGGAUAACCCCCCUGUGCUCAAAGUCACAAUCCCAGCAGAUAUGGUUGAGACCCCAUCAGGAUUUAGCACCUUCGCCGUGGAUAUUUACGGCACUUGCAACGAGUUUGCAGUGUAUAUGGCGAAUUGCUACGAUAACACCAUCAUUGUCUAUGAUAAUGUGAAAAAGAGCUUCUGGUACUUUGAACAUGAGACCUUCCAACCGGGGGCAGAGAGGUCAUUAGUCGAUGGACCCCUACCUGAAGAAGAUUCCUACAAUUUCGGAGUUAUGGGCUUAGCUUUGGGGGCAGAAACUAAAUACUCCUAUAGAGAUCUCUACUAUUCUCCUGGCUCAAGUUAUGGGCUCUUUAAGACUUCAACAAAAAUCCUGCGAGAUAAAUCUCUAGCACCUGGAGAUUCUACAUCUCCUAACUUUUCCUUCGUCGGUUAUGGAGGACAGGAUAGUCAAUCGAUAAUGGCUUAUGAUACAAAAACACAGGUCUUGUUCUUUGUUCACCUGCUCUCAAAUACGCUGCAGUGUUGGAAUACAAAUACACCCCUUGUGGAGGGUAGUGUUGUCACCCUUUUCAGUGAUUUGGAAUUUGGGGCUGAUAUUUUGAUUGAUGCUAAAAGAAAUUUGCGAUUCCUUCUCUACGAUGGACGCGGAUUGCCAUACUUUGAAACAGGAAGAAAAGAAAAAUCUUUCUAUCGCCUCUACAAAGUUUCAAUUGACGGCAUCAUCGCUGGGACAGCUUGUGAUCCAAGCAAUGUUCAAGAUUCUUAGUAAAGUUACUAGGAUGGAAAGUAUACGGAGUUAGUAUAUUCAUAAUUCUUUGUACAAUUUUAAAUAGAUAUUUGAAAUAUUUUUUUUUAUGGCAAAAUGUCUUAAAAUUUAUAAAGUUCUUUUUACGAUCAGUAAAUUAUUUCUUUUUUAAUAAAAUAAAGAGGAUUGUAAAAAAGAGAAAGAAAAAUAAAUCGUCAUGAUCGUCAUA